AUGACUGUCCCGGAGUACGCUGCACAGUUCAACGAGCUCUCCACCCGCACAGGUUACUCCAAGGCCGACCUCCGAGACCGCUUCUACGAACACCUGGCGGACUCCAUCAAGGACAAGUUAGUGCAUACAGCGAGGCCCAUCGCUUCCCUCAAAGACCUCAUCACCGUCUCCUCCGACAUCGACGUCCGUGUCUGCCAACACCGUGCCGAACGGGAUCGUCAGCGCAGACGCACCACCACCACCACCACCGCGGCCAAGCCGGCUGUUCCGCUGCAUACCACCCCCUUCACGCCGCCUGCCCGGGACCCGAACGCAAUGGACAUCGACGCGACCCGUACGCGCGAAGAGUUCAACCGCCUCAUGCGCGGCAAGUGCUAUGGUUGUGGCUCUACGGCGCACGUCAAGAAGGACGGUGGCCACGACCGGGACAUCUGCGGCUACUGUCGCUGCGUAGGGCACCGCGAGACGGUGUGCAUGGACAAGUUCCUGAAGAAGCCCUGUUCGCAGAAGCUCGCCGCCACGGAGGAGGGACCUGAGGAACCCCAGGUUGCAGCUUCGACGUCGACGUCUGCAGAUGCCGGAGCACCCAACGCCCUCAUCGCGCAGCUCAUGGAGCAGCAGAAGGCCCUCGCAGACCAGCUUGCCUCUCUGCAGAAGUCUUUUUAG